GUCGGUGAAUGAAAUGUGACUACCAGCAUUAAUUGGGCCCCCAAUGCGGAAAAAAUAGAAACAGAUCGUUCAUUUGUGUGUGAUCCCUAUUGCGCAAUACGUUUAUCAUGGCUGGAUGGGUCCUUUUUGCUUGCUUGAUACAGCUUUUGCCAUCCCCCAUGGCUGGUGAAAGUUGUGCAAUGGGUAAGCUGGUAAUGCAGACACCAUUAGUAAACCUUCUACUACCCUUACUUUUGUUCAUUGGCCCCGGUAAGAACUCUAGUGAAAUAGGAUCAUUGGUAAUGCCGAAUGAGCCGUGGAUGAAAACAUAUAACGUUUAUUGAGUUAGCUCGUACGAAAAUAACAGUAAUGAAUUAGAGUUUGGAAACUCCAAUGCAAUUUGGCUGCCUGUGGAAUUUCCCCAAUUUUCAUGCUCAGCGCCGAUUUUGGGUGGCUUUUGGAAGAGGGUUUUAGUGUUCGCGCUGU